AUGGGACAAGAACCAAACAUUAGAAAGGCGAUAAACCUACGGACGGAUGAGGGAGGAGACUGUUUCAUGAUCAAUUAUAAAGGAGUAGGAAAACCCAUAAAAUGGUAUAAAGGAAAGGGAUACGUUGGAAUACAAACAAAGAACUAUAAACUUCUAUCAGUAUAUUUCUCUCCAAAUAAACCUAUAGAAAAUUUCGAGCAAUUGUUGGAUGACCUGGAGGGCAUAAUAAGACAUACGAGUAAGCCAGUAGUUAUUGGAGGCGAUCUAAACGCAAGAACACCUAUGGCGGGAGACUGCGUAUUAAACAAUAGAGGAAAGUUGUUGGAAGAAUGGGUGACGAAGAACCAGAUGGUGAUAGCCAAUAAUCGAAAUACCCCCACGUUUAGAGGCCCUCGAGGAACAUCGAUUAUUGACUUGACGAUCACAAUGGAGAGAAAUAUAAAAAACAUAAAAAAUUGGAAAGUGGCAGAAGAUGUAGAAAUGCUUAGUGAUCACCAUAUGAUAAGUUUUGACAUGCGAAUGGGAGAUGUAAUAAAACCCAUAAGAGAAACAGCGGGAUGGAAUUGUUCAGCUCAUUCACUAACCAUACUAGAGAAAAAAUUUCAAGUAAAAACCGGAGGGAUAGAGAAUUUAAAUCCGCAGUCCCUAGUAGAAACAAUAACAGGCGCAUGUAACGAAUCGCUAAAAAAGAGAGCAAGCCAUACACAGAGAAAACCAGUCUACUGGUGGACAAGAGAAAUAGAAGAAACAAGAAGAGUUUGUGUGGCGAAACGGAGACGACUACAGAGAAACAAAAAAAGACAGAGUCAAAACAUAAUAGAGCAAUUAUCUACAGAUUAUACAGAGGCUAGGAAAAAACUAAGAAAACAAAUUAAAGAAUCGAAAGAGGCGAAAUGGAAAGAGCUCUGCCAUGAGCUAGAGGACAAUAUAUGGGGAACGGCCUAUCAAGUUAUCACGAAGAGGUUUGGGGCAAGACGAAGAGAGGAACUAGAUUGUGAAACCAUUGAAAAACAAUUUGAGAAACUAUUUCCACAAAUAACAGAGUCAGAAGAAGAUGAGCAGGAACUGGGGAAAGAUGCUGCUGAGUAG